AGUGCGCAAGUUAUGUGUGGUCUGGGAGAUUUCCGUCUUGAUCAAUUCAAUUCUCGUAUGAAGAUAGAACGCAUAUGUUCAGUGAUAUACAUUUUCAUAUUUCUUUCAAUAAAGAAUUUAAGCAGUUCCACCGCAAUUUAUUACUACGUACACAACAGUUGGCGACGAGGAUCUACGAAUCUACGGUAAAUAACAACGGACAAUACAGAGAAUACCACCGACACGUAUAAGAAUCAUCAAUUACGUUCAAACAAGAUGUCUGCUCCUACACAUUCAAUACAUACAGUGUUUUCAAUCGAAACAUACGAUGUUUCAAAGAAAUUCGACCGUUGGUUAAUGCGCUUGGAAAGUGCCUUCGAAGUUUUCCUGGUUCCUAAUGAGAAAAAGGCUGCAUACUUAUUACAUUACAUGGGACCUGAUGCCUACGAUGUUCUCUGCGACAAAGUAUCACCUGAAAAUCCAAAUAAUAUGGAAUACAAUGACCUAAUUAAGGAAAUGAAACAACAUUACAAUCCUGAACCAUUAGAAAUUGCAGAAAACUUUCGAUUCUUACAAAGGAAACAGAAUGAAGGGGAAAGUGUUCAACAAUACUUAACUACUUUGCAACGUUUAGCUACAACCUGCAAAUUUGGUGAUUAUCUUAAGAAAGCAUUGAGAAAUCAAUUCGUGUUUGGCCUGAGAACACAAAAUAUUCAAAGUCGUUUGUUGGAAAUGAAGGACCUGACUAUAGAGAGGGCUCUAGAAGUAGCUAUCAGUAUGGAAACAUCAGCAAGAGAUGCGGCACAACUACACAGAAGCAAUGUGGCAAGUGCAAGUGUAAACAGUGUUAACUGUGAAAAAGGCAAUAAUGACCGAUUUUCAUCUAAAAGGGCUUUUGCAAAGUCUUCAUCAAAUAAUUCCAAAAAUGUUAAUUUUAAAAAUUAUUGUUACAGGUGCGGAUCAUCUGGGAAAGGUUUGUUUCAAAAGUAAAAAUACAGAAAGUACAAAUCAAAUUGAAGAACUAUUUUCUAUUGAAUCCGAACAUAUCGAUUACAGGGAAAAAUUUAUGGUCAAAAUUAAAAUUGAAGGUAAAAUUUUAAUUUUUGAAGUAGACAGUGGAGCUGCUGUAAGUAUAAUGAGUUAUUCUAUGUUCAAAAAUUUCUUUCCUACUUUACAAAUUAAAAAAACUGAUUUAAAACUAGUCACUUACUGCAAGAAAGUGUUAGAUGUUGUGGGCUAUUCAAGGGUGGGUUGCAUUUAUGAAACUGAAACUCACAUU